AUGAGUAGCAGCAGUAGCAGACCUCCUCAACUUGACAAUUUGUUGAAGUUGGAUGGAUACCUAUGGAAUUAUCAGACUGAAAUAUGUCGCAGAUAUGGAGUUUUCCUUGAUUAUUCGAAGAGAAUUGAAGAGUGUGGUGGAUGGGAAACAUUCACAACAGCUUAUCGAGAAUAUGGUGUUGUGGUGAUGAGGGAUAAUUCAGUUCGUUGUUUGGAAUGGGCACCAGGAGCAGAAGCUUUAUCAUUGGUGGGAGAUUUUAACGAUUGGAACACUGAAUCUCAUCCAUACAAGAAACUAGAAUAUGGCAAAUGGGAAUUAAUUAUUCCAGCUGAUAAAGAUGGUAAUUGUCCGAUUAAACAUGGAUCGAUUAUCAAGGUCGCAGUAAAAAAAAAUGGCGUAUUUCAUUUUAAACUGUCUCCUUGGGCACACUAUGUUACACGGCCGAAAGAAACAACAGUUUAUCACAUGCCCUUCUAUAACCCACCUGAAUCGGAGUGUUAUCGUUUUAAACAUCCAAGACCAUCAAAACCUGAAUCAUUACGGAUUUAUGAAGCGCAUGUUGGAAUAUCUAGUUCGGAAGGAAAAGUCAAUACCUACAAGAAUUUUGCAAAUGAUGUUAUCCCGAGAAUCAAGAAACAAGGUUAUAAUACUAUUCAGCUAAUGGCUAUUAUGGAACACGUUUACUAUGCUAGUUUCGGCUAUCAAGUCACUAGUUUCUUCGCACCAUCAAGCCGUUGCGGAACGCCAGAAGACCUGAAAUAUCUUGUGGAUAAAGCACACGAAGCGGGUAUUCUAAUCUUACUUGAUGUGGUACAUUCGCAUGCUUCAAAGAAUGUAGAAGAUGGAUUGAAUGAAUGGGAUGGUACUCAGAAUAGUUAUUUUCAUGACAAUAAUCGUGGAUAUCAUAGCCUUUGGGAUUCACGACUUUUCGAUUACACACAGAUUGAAACUCUUCGUUUCCUACUUUCCAAUCUUCGAUGGUGGAUUGAAGAAUACGGCUUUGAUGGAUUCCGAUUUGAUGGUGUAACAUCGAUGUUAUACCAUUCUCAUGGAAUUGCCGAUGCAUUAGAUGGCGGUUACGAUAUGUAUUUCGGUCUGAAUGUUGAUACUGACUCACUUGUUUAUUUAAUGCUUGCGAAUUCAUUUUUGCACCGUAAAUUUCCCAAUGUCGUGACAAUUGCUGAAGAAGUAAGUGGCAUGCCAGCCUUAUGUCGACCAGUUGAAGAAGGUGGACAAGGUUUCGAUUAUCGCUUAGCGAUGGCAGCACCGGAUUUGUGGAUUAAACUUCUCAAACAUUUCUCUGAUGAAGACUGGGAUAUUUCUAAUUUGGUAUUUACGCUGGAAAAUAGAAGAUACGCUGAGAAGCAUAUUGCAUAUGCUGAAUCACACGAUCAGGCUCUUGUUGGUGAUAAGACGAUUGCAUUUUGGUUGAUGGAUAAAGAAAUGUACGAUUUCAUGUCUGAUACAUCACCAUUAACUCCUAUAAUUGAGCGUGGUAUAGCACUGCAUAAAAUGAUUCGUCUUAUCACAUAUGGAUUAGGUGGCGAAGCAUGGUUGAAUUUCAUUGGUAACGAAUUCGGUCACCCAGAAUGGCUUGAUUUUCCACGUUUGGGUAACAACGAGUCAUUUUAUUACUGCCGUAGGCAAUGGAAUUUAGUAGAUGAUGAGCUUCUUCGAUACAAAUACUUGAAUAAUUUUGAUCGUGCUAUGAACCAAUUGGAACAGAAACAUCAUUUCUUAUCACGUGGGCCGGCAUAUACUUCGUGGAAGCAUCAGGAUGAUAAAGUUAUAGCAUUCGAACGUGCUGGCCUUCUUUUUAUUUUCAAUUUCCAUACGUACAAGAGUUUCUCGGAUUACAAAAUUGGUAUCGAAGUGGCAGGAGAAUAUGCACUGGCAUUGAGUACUGAUGACUCUGAAUUUGGUGGUUUUAAUCGAUUGGAUAAAAAUCAGCAUUAUUUUACUUUCCCGGAAGGUUAUGCUGGUCGACGAAAUCAUCUUUGCGUAUAUGUUCCAUGCCGUGUUGCUAUUGUUUUGGAAAGAGUAGGCGAAAAGCGUAUUUCUUGA